AUGGCUCAGAUGAGCACAGAGACGCUUUCUAGCACUGCUACAACACCGACUGAACCGGCGCGGCCCUCUCCAAGCUCCUCUCGCUCGUCAUCUCCCCCUCCUCCAUCCUCAUCAGUCGACUUGGCUCAACACGACUACCCUCCUUCCCGGCCAGACGAGCGCCGACAGACGCAACUAGCGCAGCCUGAUCGAGGCAAAGCAGCGUACCUCUUCCUCCUGGGCGCUUUCUCCAUCGAAACCCUCGUCUGGGGACUGCCGUCGUGCUACGGUGUCUUCCUGGACUAUUACCAGCGAGAGGGGAUCAACGGGCGUCAUGCCGGGAGCAGCCUCCUCCCCCUCGUGGGAACAGUCGCCUCUGGCUUUAUCUACCUUCUUGGUCCGCCCAUCUCGAUCCUGCUCAACCCACGACCCCGCUGGCGCCUGCAUGUCAUCCGACUGGGCGCCGUGCUAUGCUCACUUUCGCUCCUGCUAAGCUCGUUCGCACGCGAGAGCUGGCAGCUUCUGCUCACCCAAGGCUUGCUGUACUCGAUUGGCGGUUCGAUGGCGUACUACUCGACCUUCUACUUCUUGCAAGAAUGGUUCGUCGAGCGACGAGGGUUCGCGAAUGGAGUUUGCUUCGCCGGCACCGCAGCAGGCGGACUUGUCCUACCGUUCAUCCUGAACGCGCUACUUGAGCGGUACGGGGCGGCAUUGACGUUACGCGCGCUGGCCGUGUCGACCUCCAUCCUCCUCGGAGCAGCGGUGCCGCUUGUCCGCCCUCGUCUACCUUUGCCGCCAAAAAACCUCGCUGAGAAGCAGAAGAAGGAGGACGACGUUGACGAGGCCGAAGCAGCGGAUCAGGUCGCAGAGCGGCCUGCCGUACAGCAGGAGAGAGUGACGCUGAAGAACAUGGCCAAGAACCUCAAGCUUUGGGUGUUCCUCUCGGCCAAGCUUUCGGCUACUUCAUCACGCUUCUCUACCUGCCGACGUAUGCGACAGUAUGUCGUCCCCCAGUCUCUGAUAGCGCCCGCUGCUCACGACUGCUUCUCGCAGUCGCUCGGUUUAUCCGGCUCAGAAGGCUCCGCACUUCUUGCCUGCGUCAAUGGGGCAUGUGUCUUGUCCCGCGUUGGAAUGGGCAUCCUGUCGGACAAGCACUCGCCGCAUCGCCUGGGACUCGCAACGAUGCUCGCAUCGUCUGUCGCCGUCCUCGUGCUCUGGGGGGUGGCCGCGACGUCGCUCGCUCCUCUCCUCGUCUUCUCCGUCGUGAUGGGCCUGGCAUCCGGCGGCUGGACAUCCAUGUACUCGGCAAUCAUCAACAGCGUCGUUCGCGACGACCCCUCUCUCGCCUCGCACCUUUUCUCGACGCUCUCUUUCACUCGCGGUCUCGGCGCCGUCCUGUGCGCGCCGAUCUCAUCCGCUCUCAUCUCGCAUCCGUUCGCGGGCGCAUCGAAACGCACCGCAUACGGCGCGGCAGACGGUCGCUUCGGAGGCGUUGUGCUGUUUGCCGGGCUUGCGAUGGGAAUGGCGGCGGGUUGCGAAGGCGUAGAGGCUCUUCUCGGCUGA